AUGGGUGGUAACGCAGAAUAUAUAGCAGGCCACGGCUACCUCACUCUCAGCCAGGCUGUUCACAUUGCACAAAAUAGCGAAGGCGGAGUUGACCAACGCCUCGCACAGCAUCUGGAACGAAGAUUAGCUGAGGUUUGGGCGAAGUUACAAGCUCAACCAAACACAUACAUCUUUCCACCAGACGAGUUCGCCCUCUUCAACUACUACAAAUCACGCUUCGGGGAUUCAGAACUAGUCCGCUCGGCGCGUGGAGUUUUUCAAACCUUUCCUGAGCGUUUUCAGUCAAAAGCUUCAUUAGCGAAUAUUGUGCAGUAG